CGAAUGAUCCUUUCAUGUUUCGUCUCUGGUCAGAUUUUAAGCUCAGAUGUUGAUUUCUUAGUUAUUUAGGAGGGUAAAAUGUUCGUGGAGAAACCCAAGGAAGAAGUAUACGAUGUUAUUAUCAAUAAACGUGUUUUGGUUCUUGUAUCUAUGGAUUUAGAUUCCCUAUGUGCUUGUAAGAUUCUUCAGUGGCUGUUUAAAUGUGAUAAUGUCCAGUACACUAUUGUCCCUGUUAGUGGCAAAGAGGAUCUGGUGAGAGCUUAUCAUGAACACUUUGAACAGUUGAAGCAUAUAUUUUUGAUAAACUGCGGUGCAAAUUUGAACAUUCUGGAGAUGCUGGAACCAGAGGAAGAUGUCAUGUUCUUCAUUGCUGACAGUCAUAGGCCCAUUGAUUUGGACAACAUUUAUAACCAGGAUCAGGUUAAGUUACUAAUGAAGGAAGGGGAACACCUCACAGUCCCUGACUUUGAUGACAUUUAUGCUGACUCAGAGGAUGAAUUUGGAGACUCAGAUAGUGAUGAAUCAGAACCCUUCUCCAAAAGAAGAAGAACAGGAGAGGGGGACUCUCCAGUUUCAAAGCGAAUGUCAAAAAGACAAUGGCACCAAAACAGACAAGAGAUUCUUUAUCAGUAUUAUGCCUAUGCCUUCCAUGGAAGUUCAGCAUCCUUGGUCAUGUAUGAAUUGGCUUGGAAGAUGAGUAAAGACAGUAAUGACUUGCUAUGGUGGGCAGCGAUUGGACUGACUCAUCAAUAUCUAUACGAAAAAAUUGAUAGACUGCGACUGUCAUUAUACAGACAUUGGUCUCUAUUUGACAGCAUCUGUAACUCUCGCUAUACAGCCUGCAGGUUCAGGGUGUGGACGAUGAAGGGAAAAAAGAAACUUAAUGAAUUUCUUGCUGAUAUGGGAAUCCCUCUUGUUCAAAGUAAGCAAAAAUUUUACAGCAUGGAUUUUGAUUUGAGGAACAACUUAAAAGGAUGGGUUGAAACAUCUGCUGACAAAUUUGGGCUGGAUGAAAUGUCUUACGGAACAUUCCACGUUCAGUAUGGCUUCAAAAAUAAGCUUUGCGCAAGCGAUGUUGUUUAUGCCGUUAAUGCUCUUUUGGAGGCUCCGGACACGGAUGGCAUGAGCAAAUGGGACCACUUCUUAGAGGCGCUAGAUGCUUUGUCCAGAUCUAAUACUGAAAAACUUCAAGAGGGCAUCAAGUUGGGCAAGAAGCAAUUGAUUGCUGUCGUGGAGCAAGUUCGAUCAUUGAUCGACAUGCAUCAAGUAAUGUGUGCAGGUCACUUUCUAUAUUCACAUCUCAGAGAGGGUAUACCGGACCUGAACUUGUUCAGUAAGCCAGCCGUCCUAGGGGCCUUAGCUCGGUUUAUCCUCAACGCCUAUGUUGUGAUGUCUAAAAACAAGAAAGCAGCAGCUCUGCCUUUCGUUUUAGCAGCUCCCUUGGACACAGAGAAAGGGACUUGCCUCCUAGUUGGCGUGCCUCCGAUCGCUGAUGAUUCAGGCAAAAAUUUCUUGGGAAAAGCUUUUGAAAUGGCUGCGAGCAAAACAAAGUCUAGAACAAUUCACGACCACUUUGAUCCAGCAGUGAUCGAAAUGAAGAGUGAAGACCGUGGAAAGUUCUUCGAUGCCCUCUCGGCUCUUUUAAUACCAAAAUAAAACUAAUUUUUCAGUCCUUGUUUAUCUUUAUCCCAUUUUUCGUAAAAACUUUAUAUUCUGUUUGAAUUUGAAAGUCUUUGACAUACUUGCGGCAAAUGCCUGCUGUCUUGCUCACUCAUGAAGUGGGUAAUCCACCUGAGCUGGACUCUUAAGAGUGUAGGAUGGUAAAGCGUUAAUGUGUACAUUAACCUUAGAACUUAGUGCGUCAGUGUAGAUAAAUCAUUUUGAUUAAGCAGCGUGGCCAGAAUAAACGCGAGUGAUAUAGGCGAAUCGUGCACUUUUCAAGUUAGUGUUAAUAACCAGAACAGAGGAAAAUGGUGUAAGGAGACCAUGAGACCUCAAAGGUAAAGCGAGCAAAUUUCCGAAGCGCGGGAAAAUGCAAGAGACCAAGUUGUGAGAGGUCUCAGGUUUGCAUCUGAUUGGUUGAGAGUGUGGCGCAAAUUUUCGGGAUCAAUUUCAGACAGGAGUGCAACCUCGUUCCCAGGGUCUAUCAUCUUCCCACCCCCUGGAGGGAGUGAGGAGGGCGGGAAGAUGAGAGACCCUGGGAACGAGGUUGACAUUAGAGAAGUAGAACUAAAGCAAUCUCGGACUACUUGCGACUCCAUUUGAAGCUUGCUGCAUAACAAUGUCUUCGAUAGUAUUCCUCGGUGCUCUGGGAGACCUUGGUCCAGGCUCUUUCGCAUGUUCAGCACUCCAUGUUUACCCAUGAUAAAUACAUGGUUUUGUACAUAGUAGAAGAAAGUUUGUUUGCGUCAGUCUUUGAUGCAGUGAUAACUUAUAUGAUUGAAUGUCCCUUCACUUUAUCUUCUGUACAAUUAGUUUUCCAAAAAAGAUUGAAUUAAAGGUGUAUGGUGCGACAACCAACU